AUGGCGGACAUCGGUAGGAGAGAGUCACAGAGGAGCUCUGAGCUUAUCCGUCAAGGGAUUAGGCAGUGCCUAACUCUCGAAGCGGAAUGUAAGCAGUUGAAGGAAAGUCUUUCGGAGAGCAAAGGCUAUGUUCAGAAGCUGGAAGCUCGGAUGGAUGAAAUGACUGCGGAUCACGAAGGACUGCUGAAGAUUUUGGCCGAAAAAGAUGCACUAAUUGAAAGCUACAGUGCUCUUAUGUCGGAGACUCUGGAUAAGAGCUUGCAGCGUGAAAGACAGGAGCUGAAAGACGUCGAGGCCAAGGUGCUUUCGGCCAUGGAACAAAGUCUCAAUCUUGAGAUGAACAAGAUGGGUCUCGAGCAUCAAGGGUCAAGUGUCCCCAAAAGAAGCCCGCUUCGAGCCAAGAGACCUGGCCUGAUCCGACAAGGUGCUAUUGUGCCCUGUACCUCGACCUCAGAGCGAAGACGUCAGCGCAAUAGCCGAGAAGCUGUUCCAAGACUCUUGAGACAAGAUGCGCAGAUGUAUGAUCGUGAGGACGGCGAACAGUCGCCCGAGACCGGCAGUCUCUUGGACAUGGCACGCUAG